CACCCCUACAUGUAUCACGUUGGUGUGCAAAGAGGCUGGUGUGAUGAUAAUUCACAAAAAACGUCUCAAGGAAAUUGUAUCAAUUAAUUGUUUAUAGAAUUGAUUUCAUUUAGCAGUGCUUGAUUACUUACGAUCGUCUUGUUUAACUUGAACAUUAUCUGUACAAUGUUAUUAGACCAAUUCAAUGAAUGUGAAUAAAAAGGAAUAAUUGUUUUAUAAGUGGAUAAAGAAAAAUGACAAUUUUAGAAUCAUCUGGAGAUGAACAUUAUUGUUGUACAUGUGUAAAACUUUAAAAAAAUGGCAACAGCACAAGGUACACCAGAAUCUGACCCUGGUAGUUUUGAAUGCUUUCAAAACUACACAGCUCCAGAGGUAUUUAUACAAGGCUUGGCUGGUAUAGUGGAUCAGCAAGAUGUAGAGUCUAUGAUAAGGGCUCAAAAGCAAAUGUUGCAAAGAUUUGAAAAGACCAAUGAAAUGUUAACCAACUGUAAUCAGUUAUCGGUAAAUAGAUUAAAGGCUGCUGGCACAGAAUUCAAAAAACACACAACGCUAUUGAUAGAAAUGAAAAAGGAUUUGGAUUAUAUUUUUAAGAGGAUACGUAUUGUAAAAAAUAAAUUGAGUCAGCAGUAUCCUCAAGCGUUUAAUGAAGCAGUAAGAAGCAGCUUGGCAGAAGAAGUAAUAGUUGAGGAUGUAGAUUGUUCGGUUAAACCUCUGGAACCCGAAGUCGUUCCAUUACCAGCCGCGUCUCAAAGUGUUACGGAUCGAGACCCAGAUUCUGAUGUGCCGGUUGAGGAGUUUCAAUUCGCAAAGCUGCGGAAACGACGAAUAAAGAGCAACGAUAGUUCGUCGACGGAGAGCAACAACGAUCACAGUAACGCCGACACUACGUCCUGCACGUCUGAUUCUGGUUAACGCGCCGAGAUCCAAUGAUCCGAUGGAAAGAUACAAAACGGCCGAAAUUUGCGCCGAAAACAGGAUAGAUCGACGAGAAUUGCGUUCAUUACGCGGCGCUUCAGAAUGAAUCGUUAAACGACAAUAACGAGUUUCGAUCGACGACGAGUAACUAUCCAAAUUCACGAUGAAAGUAAACGAAAGAGGAAAAGAAAAGAAGUUGUUACUCGACUAACUGGCUGUUUGUAAAUCGCAGAAUUGUGAGUUCUGUUAAUGUCGAAUAACGAAUGAUGAAUAACGAAUAACGAAUAAAGGAUUUGUUUGUACACUGUA